AUGCUGGCGAAUAAUUUACGGUUUGAAAAAGUAGAAGUUCCUUCUUAUGAGUUUAGGCUGGAAACCUCUGCCAUUGUUUUGCAGUUAGGGGAACAAAAAAUAUUAAUUGUGGCUCUCUAUCGUCCUUCUAAUCCGGAAAAUAAUGUUCAGUUUGAUUUUUUUUUUGAGAAAUUUGAAAAUAUUUUGGACAAACUAGUAGCGACAAUGAGAAAGCGUCGUGUGCAGAGAAUUAUUCUGGCAGGUGAUUUUAACAUAAAUAUGUUGCGGGCACAUGCGCCGGCCAUUCGCCUGGGUAAAUUAAUGGAAAAAUUUGAACUCUACCUUGUUAAUGAGGAGAGUGCAACAAGAGUGGCUGCUGCUAGUUCCACUUUAAUUGAUUUGAUUUAUUAUGGCCCAGGUGAAAUGAACGAUGCGUUUGCUAGUGUUGUUCAGAAUUUUUUCUCUGACCAUGAGAGCGUUAUUUGCGAGGUUAAUGUUGCAGUCCCAGUUAUUUCGGACAAAUUCAUUGAGGUAAGAGAUUUUAAUGAUGAAAGAAUUAAUUCGUUUGCUGCUUGCCUUGCCUUGCAAAAUUGGCUGGCAGUAGCUUAUGCGGCGACAGUUGAUGAAAAGUACGAUUGUUUUUUGUCUAUUUUUCGUUCCCUGUUUGAACAGUUUUUCCCCAAGCGGAGGAAAUUAAUUCGAGCAAAUCAGUUGACUAAAACUAAGUUGUCAGAGGAGGUUAAAAGACAACGUAGUUUGGUUUUUCGCUUGGGAAAAGAAGUAAAGAAAAUUCCACCGUCGGACUUGAAGGAUGAAAAGAACGCGGAGUUUAAAAUUCAAAAGAAGGAAUAUCUGCGGAGAUUAAAUACCGAGAUACGCGUGUCUAAUAAUCGCGUUAUUAAUAAUGCGGAAAAUAAAACAAAGGCAGCUUGGUCUUUGCUCAAAAAGAGUGCAGGGAAAGUUGUCGAGACUGAGCGGAUUGAGCGGGUGGUAGUAAAUGGAAAAGAAGUGUGUAACCCUUUGUCCAUCGCGAGCGCGUUAAAUGGUACUUUUGUUGUCCCGCCGCCGGUGGAGUUGGGAAAUGCAUUGCAUAGCCCAAUUUCGCUGCCCACCUGUAAUUCAAGUUUGUUUUUGUGUCCGGCGGGGGUGCAGGAAAUAAUAAGUGUCCUGCGCAGUUUGCCGUCCAAGCGCUCGGCAGGUUGGGACGAGAUUCCAAUUUUCCUUGCGAAGAGAGUUGCGCCCUACAUUGCUGCACCCUUGGCGGACAUAGUAAAUGCUUCUUUCCGUGACGGUGUUUUUCCGAAGUCAAUGAAAAGAGCAAUUGUAACUCCGUUGUUUAAAAAAGGUGACCGACUCGACGUAAAAAAUUAUCGACCCAUUUCCAGUUUGCCAACAUUUUCAAAAAUUCUCGAAAAGUGCUUUUUGCUUCGUUUGUUUUCAUUUUACGAGGUGAAUAAUUUACUGCCGGGCUCGCAGCACGGGUUCAUUAAGGGCAGGUGCACUGCGACUGCCCUUUUUGAGUUUAUUGUAAAAUUGCACGAGCAUCUUGAAAAAAAGCAAAAAGUACUUGGAAUCUUUUACGACCUUUCAAACGCGUUUGGCACAAUUUGCGUGCCGCUGCUGCUUCGGAAAUUUGAGUUUCAAGGCGUCCGAGGUGUUGCGUUGGAGUGGCUGCGUUCGGCCUUGACCGGCCGGACGCAGGCGGUCAAAUUGCGUGUCAUGGACGGCAAGUUUGAGAAAUUUGUGUACUCUGAGGAGCUUUUACUUGAGAGAGGGACUCCUCAGGGUGGUAUUAUUUCUCCGUUUGGCUUUGACGUCUCGAUCGGUGACAUGCCAGUCCACGUAGCGGUCGGGUUGCUCUUAAAUUACGCGGAUGAUUCGUCGUCCCUUGUGUUUUCCAGGACGACUUGCGGCUUAAUGAAAGAAGCGCAGUUGGCAGUGAAUUUAAUGUCAGAUUUUUGCCGUGACAAUUUUUUGACGCUAAAUCAGACAAAGACAGUGGUGCUUAAUUUUCAACUUAGGCGCCCUGUGCUAGACCGCGAUAAUUUUAAUUUGACUUUGAAUGGCGAAAAUUUGACAGAAUCGGAUGUGACAAAAUUUCUGGGCUUGUAUCUCGCGCAUAAUUUAAAGUGGACUGAGCAUUCAGAUUAUGUAGUUGGAAAAUUAAAUAGUGCUGUAUUUUUAAUUAACAACUUGAUGCAUUCCGUUGAUGAGAAAUACUUGAAAAUGGUUUAUUAUGCUUACUGUCAUUCGAUCAUGAGUUACGGCAUUGUAAUUUGGGGAGGGUCGAAUCGAGCGUUGGAUGAGGUUUUUCUGGCGCAGAAAAAAGUGGUGAGAGCUCUUGCGGGUGAGCGCUAUUGGCGCAGUACAGAGCCGCUUUGUUCUGCGAAGCCACUUUUCGCUCGAUUCGGCUUCCUUCCAAUAUUUUCAAUUUACCUUUUUGAAUCUUGCAAGUUUGUUCGUAAAUAUCCGCAUUAUUUAAAAAAAACAAGUGAAGUUCAUGAUCACCAGACAAGGGCUAAGUGCGAUUUGUAUGUUCCGGCCCAGGCUUUGUUAAUUUCCAACCAAAACCCUUUGACUUGCAUGUCUUCUUUGUAUAACAAGUUGCCUGUUUCGGUUCGUUUGGAGCCUCGGUAUAAGGGUUUUGAAACCAGUUUAAGGCGUUUUGUUCAUGUGCAUAAAUUUUAUGAUAGGAAAGAGUUCUUUCAAUUUAUGAAUGCAUUGUGAUAUUGUUUUUUUCUCUCUUAUCAUGUACUAUGUUGCAAAUGGGGCGCGUCGCAUUGAGUAAUUCCAUCGUGGCGACGUCUCAUAAGUCAAUAAAGAAUAAUAAUAAUAAUAAUCUCUCGAAUGAAAAUAUGGUGACAAGAAUUUCGGGUGCGAGCGCGACGUCGAUUGAUUUAAUUUUUUCCGGUCCAGGUGAAUUGGAUGAUUUCGAAUGUGCAGCUAAGUCUAACAUUUUCUCCGAUCAUGGGGGCGUAGUUUUUUCAAUGAAGCUGAAUAUUCCGCAGGAGCGAGAUAAAUAUAUUGAAUCUCGCAAUUUUCCGGAUGAUAAAAUUGCAGAAUUUAUAGCCUACUUGGAUUUGCAAAGCUGGCGUGCUGUUGCGCUCUCGAGCACGGUUGACGAUAAAUAUGACGCAUUUCUGACUACUUUCUUGGAAGGUUUUAACAAAUUUUUCCCAAAAAAACCAAAACUUGUGAGAGCUAAUAGAAAAAAUAAAGUUGUAUUGUCUCCUUCGCUGGUCAAAAAACGUCGCGAGUUGAUAGAAAAGAGUGUUGUUGUGAAGCGAUUGCCUGCGCGGCAUCCGCAGAAAUUGCAGUUUAAAAGAGACCGGUACGCAUAUAAGCAGCAGCUGCAGGCGGAAAUUAGAGCAUCUAACAAUGCAUUUAUUGCCAAUGCGCAGAAUAAAACUGUUGCGGCUUGGUCUAUUUUGAACCGUACUUUAGGCAAUGAUAAGUCGCGUGAUAAAAUUAAAGAGAUGCGAGUAGAUGGGGAAAUAACUUCUGAUGUGGGGAAAAUAGCCAGUGCGAUGAAUUCAACAUUUAUAGUGCCUGAGGCUGAUUUGUGCGAUUACGAGUUUCGUACGACGGCGGCUGAGAAAAAUUUAUUUUUAACCCCCGUUGGGGUGCAAGAGGUGAUUUUAAUAUUGCGUGGACUCGCGGCAAAGAAAUCAGCAGGUUUCGAUGAGAUUCCAAUGUUUUUGGCUAAGCGAGUGGCAGCGAGUGUUGCUGCGCCGCUGGCUGAUAUUAUAAAUUGCUCUUUUUCCACUGGCUGUUUUCCUUUGCAAAUGAAGCGAGCGGUUGUGACUCCAAUUUAUAAAAAAGGCGACCGGCUCGAAACGUCGAAUUAUCGUCCAAUUGCAAAUUUGCCUACUUUUUCAAAAGCUCUUGAAAAUUGUUUCCUCCUGCGUAUUGCUAAUUUUUUGCGGAAAAUGAUUUAAUUCCUGCUAGUCAACAUGGUUUCGUUCGCGGGAAGUGUACGGCGUCGGCAUUGUUUGAGUUUUUUGCUGAAUUGCAUGAUGCUCUCGAGCGUCGGCAAAAGUCGGUUGGUCUUUUUUAUGAUCUUUCAAAUGCGUUCGGAACUGUGUGCGUUCCCCUUGUAUUGCGGAAAUUUGAGCGUUGCGGUGUGCGCGGCGUUGCACUGGACUGGUUGCGAUCUGCUCUUACCGGCAGGUCUCAGCGAGUUCGGUUGCGAGCGUUGGAUGGGAAUCAUGAGCGAGACGUUUUUUCCGAGGAGUUGGAUGUUGUGCGCGGCACUCCGCAGGGAGGAAUUAUUUCCCCUUUUACUUUCAUUGGGUCGGUUUAUGAUAUGUAUUGCUUUUUGACAAAUCGCAAGCUUGUAAAUUUCGCGGAUGAUACGAGCGAGUUGGUAGAAGGUGGAACUAUUCAUGCUUUAAUUGGUGCGGCGAGGUUGGCUGCAUCUUGCAUGGGAAAAUUUUGUCUCGAUAAUUGCCUCCAAUUAAAUGCGAGUAAAUCCGUAAUUUUGCGUUUCCGGCACCCCAAUGCGGCCUUGUUUUCUGAUUCACCCCUUGUUUAUGUUAAUGAAAAAUCUGUUAGCGUUGCCCAAAUGACAAAAUUUCUUGGGUUGUAUGUCACGGAAAAUUUAAAGUGGACGGAGCAUGCAGAUUAUAUUGUGGGCAAGUUGCAUAGUGCUGUUUUCCUUGUAAAUAAUUUGUUGAAGUUGGUUAGCGAAAAGCACUUGCUCAUGAUUUAUUAUGCUUAUGCGUACUCCAUUAUGCAGUAUGGCAUUGUAAUUUGGGGUGGAUCAGAGCAGGCACGAGAUCUUGUUUUUAUGGCACAAAAGCGCCUUGUUCGUGCGAUGGCCGGCGAGCGGUAUUGGCCUGGUCCGACGCCUGUUUGUUCGGCCCGGCCUCUUUUUAAAAAAUUUGAUGUUUUGCCACUAUUUUCCAUUUACUUGAUUGAGGCUUGUAAAUUUGUGCGUAAAUACCCUCAGUAUUUUGUUAAAACGCGAGAUGUGCAUGCCUAUGAGACGCGCGAAAAGUUCGAGUUGUACGUGCCGGUCCAGACGUGUGCUAUUUCGAGACAAAAUCCGCUCAUUUGCUUGUCGCGCUUGUAUAAUAAUUUGCCUGUAUCUAUUCGAUUGGAGUUGAGAUUCCCUCAGUUUGUGGGCUUGUUAAAAAAGUUUGUUAGUUUUCACAAGUUCUAUACUGAGGAGGAAUAUGUAAAUUACAAAAAUAACUUGUAAAUAUGUUAAAUUUCUUUUUUCCCUGCUGUGUGUUUCAUUUGACAAAAUUGUAAAUGGGUGGGUCGCACGGGAGACAUUACAUGUGAUUACAUUCCAUAAUGCAAUAAAGAACAAUAAUAAUAAUAAGGUCUAUUUGCUAGUGGUAACUCAAUUGCGAAUUCUAUGUUCAUUCAAUGAGGCAAAUUAUAGUUGGGAGAGGCAGUGACUAGGCUGCCCCUGUUUUAUUUUGAUUAAGUUUCCACUUCUUGUUUCAUUUGAAGCUAAUCCCUAAUCUUUAGAGUGUUCAUUUAUUACCAUUUUUAUGAUUUCACAUUUAAACCUAAAUCAGAGACCAGCGCGAAACGACUAAUGAGUAUUUAUUUUGUGAGAAGCGUAUCAAAUUGCCAACUGAAAGGCAAAUUUAAUAACAAAAAUUGAGACGGAAAAAAUAUAUUUAGAACCACGAAAAUAUGAAAUUGCGCUUGCAACUGCUUUUAUAAAAAUGUGUAUUUAGAGCAAGUAGACGUUCAUGCUUUCAACACACACAAUUCGCUCACAGACGUGCUGCCCUGGUAUUUCACUGUUAUAUGAACAGCGUAUCAAUUUGAUUAGCGAUUUUCUCAUGUUUGUAGCAUUAAUAGGUCGGGAAGAAUUUAUUUUGAGCCAUGAAAAAUUCCUAGUGCCCGGGCAAAAUAUUUUACAAGCAAAUGUACAAAAGUUGUAAAAAUAAGGACUAUUUGCUAGUGGUAACUCAAUUGCGAAUUCUAUGUUCAUUCAAUGAGGCAAAUUAUAGUUAGGAGAGGCAGUGACUAGGCUGCCCCUUUUAUAUUUUUAUUAAGUUAUAACAAUAAGAGUGGAGCUACUCAUACUCAUAUAGUGUACAAGUCUAAUAAAAAUUAAAGGCCUACUAUCAUUGAAAAUUCAUUGAACAAUCAAUUAGAUAAUAAUUAAUCAAUUAAAAAAGAAAAAGUUUUAUUAUUUUGCCAAAAAUGAGCCAAAAAAUAUGUUCUUAUUGUUUUUUUUUUUUAAUUAAAUUUCGUAAUUUUUUUAAUUUAUAUACAGACAGCAGUACCAAUUGAAACAACUACAGCUAACAUCACUAAGAGCUCAACGAUUGUAAGUUAAAAAAAUAUUUAAUCAUUAUUUUAGUCAAGAUUUUUUAAAUAUAUGUUUUGAGGUAGUUCUUUUCCUUUUAAAUUCAAUUUUAAAAGGCGAGAGAGUAAAAGAAAAGUUUAUUUAGUUUUUUAUAAAAAAUUAAUUUAAGUUAUAAAUUCUCGAUUUUGUUCCUUUAAAGGUUGUACCUCCACAUUGCAAUGGUGUUAUGGACCGGAUAUGCUUGGGAAAGCCUUCAUGUACUGUUAAUGUGAUAUUUUUUCUUAUAUUAUUAUGAUGUGAUAAACAAUAUUUUGAAUUAGAAAAUGCUGUCAUUUAGUCUACAAACCACUGGCAAGACUACCAGCGGCAAUAUGAUUUUAACUCCAAAUGGAAAGAAAUAUUUUAUGGGUGUCAGCACUAGAGUGAGAUGAUUUUUAUUUAAUUUAAACAAAUUUCAAUGUUUUCAGCAAAUUCGAAAAUUAUUUGAUUCAAUGUAAAUUUGGCACGUUUUUUAGGGUUUAAAUUAUAGUGAUGCAGCAUUUAUUUGCUGUCAGCUGGGCUUGAAAUUAGCCGAAUUUAAUACACCAGACGUUUGGAACAACUUUGUAGCCUAUCUAAAAAGUAAAUAAAAAAUCUCAAAAUUAAAAUUUCAAGAUUAUCGUCAAAGACAAAAAAAAUAAUAAAUAAGAUAAUCAAUUAUGAGUGAUCCAAAAAAAAAAAAAUUUAAAAUAUAAAAUUUUGCUUGCCAACAUUUACCAAACAAUAUUUUUUGAAAAUUUAUUUCAACCCGUGUCAAUAAUACAUAAUCUUGCUUAAAUAAUUACCCUGUAAAGAUUUGCUAGAAUGCAUAGACAAACAGUAAAAUUUUUCAAUAAUAUAUUAUGUUUCCUCUUUUCCAGUUUUAUAGAAUAAAAAUUUGAUCAUUUUAAAUAGAAAAUAAACUUCAUCUAUUUACUUACUAACGAAAAAUUUCUUUACCUUAAACAGUCAAAUAAAAAAUAAAAUAAAUAAUAAUAAAUAAUUAAACCGUCCAAUAUUUCAAAAUAUAUUUGAAAUAAACAUUAUUAUCUUUUAAUUGUUUCAUUUUCCUGACUUUUCCAAGCUGUAAAUUACAGUAGUUGGGACUUUUUUGGAUCAACUAUGGACAACGGGAAUCACACCGACACCUGGUGCAACUCGCAAACCUUGGUGCCAAGCGGAAUCAUCAGCGACGCCUUGUACAAUGUUACUUGUGGCACCAAAAACCUGUUGGUGAACACGCCUGGCGGCCUCAUCAGAUGGAUUCCCGCAAACUCCAAUAUCAAUCGAUAUUACUGCGAAUAAAUUCACUAAUUAGCGUGUCCGCGCCACAGGAAUAUCUGGAAAAUUUUAAUGAGGAAAAAAUGUCUGAAAAUUAUUUUUGUUUCCUUAAUGAAUAAAAGUGAGUCCAAAUGAUGAGUGGACAAAAAUAAUCAGCAAUU